AUGGCGCACGACGCUUCAGUUCUUGUCAUAUCUUCCUCGCCCGAGUUUCCGUCCAUUUGCGACCUUGUCCCGACCGCGCGUAGGAAACCAGCGUUGCGUUCUGGUACCAACGCAAUCCCCAUACCUGACGAUGCGCAGAGCACGUUCACAAGCGCGGCUACCGUCUGGCGAACGUCAAUAUUACCGCAGCCUGGGGAAAGCGAUUCCCAGACAGGCCUGUCCACAAAAGCCACAUUGCCUCCCCAGGUCGGGGUGGUCUCCCAGAUCACAAAUGAGGGCUUAGGGCGUGCUGGGACACAGUCACAGGCAGCGAGCGCGGCGGGGUCAAGAGAAAACGGCCCGACGGACCCUCCGAAUCCGACAGUUUCAGUCAAGAAGUCGAGGAAACCAAGGUCAAAAAAGGAACCGACUCGGGCGCAAACCACAUUACCACCGGGAAAGGUCACCAAACCGUCCGCGAAGGGAACACACAGCAAGAAGAAGGUCGAGACAGUAAGCAAACAUUUUCCCCCUCCGGUUCCAGCCCGUGCGGUUCAGGCCGAGCUUUCUUCUUGCCUACUCGAGGGUGAAGCGGUGAUCCUCGAGCCCGCGAUGAAGAGAAGGACGGACUCCUGGACGCCACCCCGGCCACAUGAGCAAAUCCCGAGUUUCAGAGGCUCCCCCGUCCACAAUGAACCCGCGUCUUCAACCAACGUUGCUACGGAUGACGUGUUUAAGACACUCCAGGACACCUAUGGAUUAGCUGCAACUUCCGAACCCACUAUCAACCCAACCAUCGAACCCACCGUACACGGAGGACAAGCCGACGUGUUUGGAAAACGGAAGUUAAUCGACAUGGUUGCACUCGCCGGGAACAAGGAAAUGGUACCCGAGGUCUCUCCCAGCAAACCAGGGGUUGUGAAGAAGAAGCCGCGGACCAUAACGGAGUUGGCCACGGCGGCAUAUCGGGUUGCAAAAGAGGAGGACGCGACUGGCACAAAAUCCCAACAAGAGUCCGUUCCCAGUUGCCCUCCAACCUCCGUUGAUCAACCAACGGACCCAAUUAAGUCCGCAACUGCGAACAAGGUCUCGAAAUCCAAGGCGUCCAAGAUGCCUAGGGUGCCCAAAGUGCCCAAGCUGCCCAAGAAGAAGCCACAGCCGCCGAAACCUGUUUCCAAACAAGAUUUCGUGUUUGGGACUGCCAGUCAACUGGCGGCCGAGGAUGACCCAGCCCUUCUCCGAGCCUUACAUGAGGCUAUGAGGGACCUAACCCCUUCGAAAACUGGUCUUGCUAUGCGCCACGGCCGGCCUAGAUCUGAACUUUGGAUGGCAGGCGCUCGUUAUGGCGAUGGGGAUCUUUUAGACACAGAGGUGUUGGACCUCACAGGCUCCUCCCCCUCGCGAUCCACGCCCUCGGGAUCUCCAAGCCGGCAAGCCCCGGUCGAAAGUCCCACGUCCGAUGCAGCUUUGCACAUUGCUACCCCUCCUUCCGCCGAGUGGCCCGACCCAGUUCCUUCUCCUGCUCUGCCCUCGGCACCCGCAAUAAGCCUUUGUGACGAAUCUAGUCCUGCUGUGGAGGUUUGCCAGCAAAUGCCGCCUCCAGUACCCGAGCUCGAACCACCGCCAAGCAACCAAGAGCAGCACCAAUUGUUAUUAUCGCAGUCAAACAGCCCGCAGCACAAAGGGCCUGCAGCGUUGUCACUCCCAAAUUAUGAACUCUACACCGAUGCCCGUCUGGCUACAGAAGUGGCUUCUUUUGGUUUCAAAGCGUGCUGGGAAAGUCAGGGCAAGCCCCCACCAGGAACGUUGGGCAGUUUCCAAGCCGCCUCGCCUCCUCGGCCUAGAGGCCGACCCAGGAAGAAUCCGGUGGCCGCUGAACCCGAUGACGUCCAAGUGGUAGCUGCGAAACCGGGGCGUAAGAAGAAAUCGGCCGCGAGUGGGGCGGAGAGUAGGCCGGGAAAGAACUCGACGGCUUCGCCGAUGCCGGGAGCCUCCCCUUCCAAACGUGGCCGGAAAAGAUCCGUUUCCCUCCAGCCUACUGAUACAGAGGCGCCUCUGGCCGAGAAAAAAACACGGGGAAAGCCUAAGAAGGACACAACGAGUGCAUCUGCAACAAGGAUCACCACGUCGCGCCGGACUACCUCGCCAAAACGCACCAAAUCUCCCAAUAAACAACCGACCACGCCAAAGUACCGCAAGGGUUCCAGCACGGACAUAAUCGAAAUUCCCGACUCAGACUUAGACGACGAGGCCACGGAUUGCGCAUCGUCAUCCUCCUCUAUCGGGGAUGUUGAGUUAUUCUCCUCGCCGGGUUCCCAAGCCGGCAUAGACAUCUCUCUCACAGAAGAUACGGAAACCUCGCUACUUGGGGGAAUCCGAACGUCGGACGAAGACUCGCGCUUUCAGUCCAUCACCCGGGCUAUCCAAAGCGCACCGCGCAGCACAGAUCCGUCUAAGCCGAGCUGGCAUGAGAAAAUGCUCAUGUACGACCCGAUUAUCAUUGAGGACCUGGCAGCAUGGCUCAAUGCGGGGCAGCUGGAUCGUGUUGGUUUCGAUGAGGAGGUAACGCCGUGGGAGGUCAAGGAGUGGUGCGCCAGUAAGAGUGUACACGAGGAUGGACCUGCUUACCGGCUCGCUGCCAUUCGAGAGACGUUCGAAGAGAGCGGGAUUUUGCUAGCCAAAAGAGCUGGUCAGACACGCGAGCAAGGAGGACUGCUGCAGUUGUCUGAUGACGUCCGGGAGGACGGAAGGAAGAAGGUGCAUGCGAAUGAGGUGAGGUUCGAGGAGUGGGUGAGGGAGCAGGGCGGGGAGCCCGAUGUUGAUAACCUCAUCCCCUUUACCCGUUGGAUAACCCCCCACGGCCCACCAAAACGCUUCACGACGCAAAUGUACCUGUAUAUGCUCCCGCUCUCCUCGACAAGCACCACGACUACCGGCAGCGGCUUAGUUCAACAGCAAACUCGUGAACUCGUAAUCCCCGCGCCAACCCACGACGGCGGAGUCGAACACACCGCCGCAGCCUUCGACCACGCCAGCACCUGGCUCGCACGAGCCCGCGCCGGCGAGAUCAUUCUCUUCCCACCCCAGUUCUACCUCCUCCACCUUGUAUCCGCUUUCCUCGACUCCGCCGCUCCCACGUCGUCUCCAUCAUCUCAACAAGAUCAUCAUCAUCAAACCGCCCGCACGUCGCUGCUUAACUUCCUCGCCCACACCCCCACCUCCUCAUCUUCCCCAUUUACCUCCACGACAACAAACCACCCCACAGCCUCCAUCUCCUGGGGCCAAAAAGUCAUCAGCCCCGCCGUGCUCUUCAUGCGUAGUCGUGACGGACGCGUCGUGCUAGGGCUGGAUAAACCCGGGCCGGAACUGCGCGGGAGCGAUCCCUCGGCGAAAGGAGGAGAUAUGGAGAGGGUGGUGCUGGUCAAGUUCCAGGAAUUGAGGGAAGCUGAAACAGACGGAUAG